GGAAAUCGCUGAAAAGUGAAAUCCGACAUCUUUGCGCCUUUGCGACGAUCUGAACCUCACACCUUCGAUCCUAUACAGCACACAGCGCUCUCAAAAUCAUCUUGUGUCGACACAACAGUCAGUGCUAGUCACCAUGUGUUUCCACAAGUAUUCUCACUACCAGGUCUGCAAGCACAUCGCUUGCUGCAGCAUUGACAUCUGCCAGGAGAUGGUCAAUGGCUUGCGCGCUGGCGAUUGCACCGGCCACGAAUUCCGGAACUCAUACGACCCCGUGAAGGGAGACCUCUGGGGCAUGUGCGCGGAGUGCGCUGAGGCUGGUGCUGCUGAUCAGCGACCCUCUGGCUCCUGCGCCAUUCACCCUCAAGUCCAAGCUAUUCCGCUUCUCAAGGAGUAUGUGGAUGAGUACGUGGCGCGUGCUUCGGCUGCCAACUCGUCCGGUCUCUCCACCGGCGUUCCAUCAGUGGAAGCGAUCAGUCUCGCGGCGACCGCAUCCUCGAAGCCAGCAAGCAGCCAGAGGUCCACCCAGUCGGGCUCUUUCCGAAGUUUCCACUCGGCGCGCACGUCUCUUAGCGAAGACAGCGACGACGGGUACCACCCCGAUGUCGAGCCGGGCUUCGACUGCUACAGCAGCAGCGAGAGUAGCAGCACUAUGGACGAGGAUGACGAGGACGAUUGCAUUGUCAUAUCGCAGCUGUCAGACGAGUCGCUGCUGGCCCAGCCGCUCCUGCUCGACAGUUCCAGACCUACUACCAGUGGUUCCAGUACCUCGCGCUACCCAGGCUUCUUCAGCCAGACGAAGUCGUCGACUGAAGCCCUCUUCGAAUCUGUCUUCCGGGGCGAGAACGAGCGGCUCGCCGAUGACAAGCUCGAGGCGUUGAAUCAAUCCAACGUUGGGCGAGAUUUUGUGAAAAGGAAGCUACCAGCCCUGGACCAGGCCAAUCUGAGAGCACCUGCUCUGGAUCGGGUCCCUACCGUGACUCCGUCGCCGGGCUUCAGGGAAGACCUUUCGCGCCAGAAGCCGGCCUCUCCGGUUGACUUUUUGGCAUCGGAGGGAUUCGUAGGGACCGGCUUCAUCCCUCCCAAGGAGAGCCGGCUCUACCCUGCUGUGACUGGCACCGGCACCAGCUCUGGUAUCACCGCCCCAGCUCCGACCCCGGUGCCAGCUAGUCCGCAGGGACAGAGCAUUCCCACGGCACCCCGGGCCUUCUACAACAGACCCCAAGGGACGACAACGGGGCCUACCCUGGACUGGAACGGUGCUCCCCAGCCUGGCUACCAACCUCCCAGCAGCGGAAUCACCAUCCAACCCAUAUUUGAGAACCCCGGAGGAGUGCCUUCACUCCAAAUCACCGCCCGGCUCGAAGAUUUCUCUCAGACCGGCUUCACGCCCUACCUCCCACCCCCCAUGGGGAUGGGGAUGCACGGUCAGGCCCCAAACCCCGGCCUGCUGCCUCCCACCUACCACCCCAUCACACCAACAGCACCACCUCAAUACCCACAACCUCCGUACGGGAGCUUCCCUCCCCAACCCCAGCUCCAGGUCCAGCCCCAGGUCGCGGGCUUCCGGCCCCAACAGCCCCCCCAAACCUUCACGGGGCCAUCCUUCACCGGCUACCGCGAGAACAAUAACCGCAUCGCCCGCCACGAGCGGCGCCGGCCCGCCCGCCGCGGAGGGGGUGGCAGACCGUCCCAAGACCGACGUAAAAAUAGCCCCAUGCGCGUUCGCCGCAUCUACAACAACCAGCAGCAACAGCCGCGAUGGACGCAGCCGGAGUCAGCCGCCGCCGCGGCGCAUCACUGGCGCACCCAGGAAUCGAUCCAGCAGCAGCAGCAGCAGCAUCAACAGGCAAUCAUGCACCAGCUGCAAGAGCAAGAGUUCCAGAAUCUGCAGCAGCAGCAGGCCCUCCAGCAGCAGCUUCAGAGGCUGCAGCAGGAGGAGGAGGAACGGUCCGCAGCGGCGGUUCGCCACCAGCCCCAGAACGGCACGACGGGGCUAGAGCUACGCCCCGUCAAUCCUCCCGCCACUCCUCCCGUCGUGCAGACCACCAUCCUCGAAAGGGCGCCGUAUAGCCCCGCUCCCGGGGAGACUGUCAGCCCCUCCGCGCUGGCCGGGUACUCGAUGGACGUGGACCAGAGGAAGCCUGAGUCUGCUUUCCCCGAAAAGUGAGAUGGGAGUUACUCGCAGGAUUACUGGAAUGGGAAGUUCUUUACAAGGUCUUUGCUGUCG